AUGUCUGCGGAUACGACGCAGACGGACGAGCUGUCUCGUGUGCGGAGCAACGAUGUGCCAGCCAGCCCCUCCUCUAGCUCGAAGCCCCUCCGCAUGCGAACGAACACUGCGGAGAUAGACAGCACCAUCACACAUCCUGGAUCUGUGAAGAUAAACGUCACCGGGGCAUUCAUCGUUGAUCAGGACUCGAGCUCACCGACAAAUGUGAAUGGGAGCACGAACGGGGGCAGUCAUGACACAAAGGAUAUCAGAUUACCGAACCACACCGCAGUGGUCAGCCAUAUUGCGGUGGAUAUUGGAGGCUCCCUAGCCAAGCUCGUCUACUUCUCCCGAGAACCCAAGUCCCGCGAGCCGGGCGGCCGUCUAAACUUCAUGAACUUCGAGACCGACCGAAUAGACGACUGCGUAGAGUUCAUGAAACAGCUGAAGAUCAAGCAGCAGAAGCUCAAUGGCUCGAGACCCGGUGAACUGUGUGUUAUGGCGACGGGAGGGGGGGCAUACAAGUACUAUGACAAGAUACGCGAGGCUCUUGGUGUAGAUGUGUUACGGGAAGAUGAGAUGGAAUGUCUAAUCAUUGGCCUCGAUUUCUUCAUCACCGAGAUCCCCCGCGAAGUCUUCACCUACAGCGAAACAGACCCAAUGCACUUCGAAGAACCUCGGUCAGAUAUCUACCCCUACCUGCUCGUGAACAUCGGAUCCGGCGUGUCCAUGAUAAAAGUCUCCGGACCGCGGGCCUACCAACGAGUAGGCGGUACCUCUCUAGGCGGUGGCACACUUUGGGGUCUCCUCUCACUGCUCACAGGCUCGAGGACUUUCGACGAAAUGCUGGGUAUGGCUGAGCGCGGAGAUAAUGCGAAGGUCGAUAUGUUGGUUGGAGAUAUAUAUGGUACCGACUAUGGAAAAAUAGGUUUAAAGAGCAGCACGAUUGCAAGCUCAUUCGGGAAAGUGUUCCGGAUGAAAAGAGAAGCAGAGCGUGAAGCUGAAGACAGCGGUGGCCUUACAAACGGAGACUCCGAUCCCCCAUCCUCAUCACAGACCAACCCUCAUCCUUCCUCAGAGACAAAAGCGCCGCCCUUCUCCGCCCCAGACAUCUCGCGCUCUCUCCUGUACGCAAUCUCCAACAACAUCGGGCAAAUCGCCUACCUGCAAUCUGAAAAACAUUCACUCUCAACCAUCUACUUUGGCGGGUCUUUCAUCCGCGGUCAUCGUCAGACGAUGAAUACACUAUCGUAUGCUAUCAAAUUCUGGAGUAAUGGCGAGAAGAAGGCGUAUUUUCUAAGGCAUGAGGGGUAUCUUGGCGCGGUUGGCGCAUUUUUGAAGAGGCAGCCGAGAAAUUGGGGGAGAAGGGGGAGUUUUGAGGAGAGUGGAGGUUUGGGGCUGGAUAGAGAGUAUCCAUCUCCGGGUGUGGGAUGA